AUGGACAACGCAGAAUCCGUCGUGUCAAAUGUGAUGAAGCACGACCCGCAUGCACAAGGCACGUCAACCGGCCGCACCUGUGACGGCUAUGGAGAAACAGCCUUGGAGCAGCAAUCACAGGUCCAGUCGCGAAUACAGAUCGUUACAUGCGGAUACAACAACUCCCAGGAAGCGCGGUCUAUGCAAUUCUUUAUGGAGCGUACCCUGUCGCAAUUGACAUCGUUCUUCCCCGAUGAGUUCUGGGGGAUCAGCAUACUACAGGUUGCCCAGUCCGAGCCCAGUAUUUCCCACGCGCUGGUUUCAUUCUCGGCAUACCACGAGGCCUACAUGAAUGGUGUGCCUGGAAACGAUAUUCCUUUUGCACUGAAGUAUUACAAUUUAUCCAUCAAGGAGCUACGAGAUUCUCACAGAUCGCUGUCGCAUGUCCAUUUAGUGUCAUGCUUAGUCUUCAUUUGUAUUGAGAUCCUGCAAGGACAUACUGGAACAGCAAUUCGAUUAUUCAAGGAUGGCCUCCGGAUGAUGAGCGAGUAUCAAGUGAUCGACGUGCAGCAUAGCCAAGCGACCGAUUUAAGUGAUAUUCGCGACCAUAUGCGAACCUUGUUCACGCGGCUAGCUCUGCAGGUAGCUUUGAUGGUGGGUGACAUGAGGCCCGAACUUUGCCUUAAAUUUAUUUCCGGCUUCCAAUUGACGCCGUUCAACACCAACCACUCAUUUAAUUCCCUACGGGAAGCUAGGGAAGCUCUCAAUGCUAUACUAGCACUACAGUUGGCAGAAAGAACAAGUUCUGCACUCGUCGCCAUGUUCUCUAAAUGGUCCCAAGCUCUUGACAGAUUCAUUAUCUCCCGUGGUGAAGUCCCAUUCACUCCUAGCGAGCAGCGGUCCCUUGCACUCAUAGAUCUACACCGUCGGUACUUCAACAUCGUCCUGCCAUGGGAGAAUAAAGAAAACCACCAAUACGUGCUCAGCCUUGACAGCUAUACCAACGAAUUCGAGGAGUUAGUAAACUGCGCCAGCCGAGUUUUGACCUUCGAAGAAACACAAGCCGCCCCAAUAUUUCACCUCGAUAUUGGAGCUGUACCGGUUUUGUUCAUGACGGUCGCAUGGUGCCGCGAUCCUGCCAUACGUCGGAGAGCAAUCUCCUUGUUGAUGUCCAACCAGGCCCAAGAGGGCGUUUGGAGCAGCCGCCUGACUGGACGAGUCGCACGGAGAAUUAUGGAAGCCGAAGAGGAAGACUUGAACGUGCAUAGCUGCAAAGACGUUCCUGGACCGCGAAGGGUCAGAAGUGUACUUGUGUCUCUAGGACCGAGGGAGAGAGAAGCCAUGAUACGAUACGGUCUAGAAGAUAGAGAGUGGGAAGAGCCUAUUGCGUGGUAG